CAGUGCCCGACUCAAUUCAUUACAUUAUCACCGGAAUAUUCUGGAGACACUAUGUGAACCAGGAGCCGGUGAUACGGUAACAGAAGAAGAUAUCAAGGCCCGGGCCUCUUUUUCACGAUCCCGGAUAGAUCUGGCAGCGUUUUAUGGUCCAGCCGAGCGGGGCUCAUGUUGCCCGGGAUUUUUCGGCGGUAAUGUCGGGGAGAGUAAAAGACGACAUGCAACGGCGGCGAUGUCAGGGCAGCGUGAAGUCCUCGUGACACCAUGAACAACACUUUGCCAGCGACGAACGUCUCCGUCAACUUUGCUCCCCACGAGGCUAUAUACACUAUCACUCAAGUCGUAUUAAUCGGCACUAUAGCUGCAAUAUUAUCACUACUUACGGUGGUAGGAAACAUAAUGGUGAUGAUAUCGUUCAAAAUCGACAAGCAACUUCAAACAAUAAGCAAUUAUUUUCUCUUCUCCCUUGCCGUCGCUGACUUCGCCAUUGGACUCAUUUCGAUGCCUCUUUUUACUAUAUCAACAUUGCUAGGUUACUGGCCUUUAGGCCCUUUAAUCUGUGACACGUGGCUGGCCCUGGAUUACUUAGCUAGCAACGCCUCAGUGCUCAACUUGCUUAUAAUAAGUUUUGAUCGAUAUUUUUCUGUCACGAGGCCCCUCACUUAUCGUGCCAAAAGGACCAAUAAAAAGGCUGCAUUUAUGAUAGGGAGUGCUUGGGGUAUAAGUUUGUUAUUAUGGCCUCCGUGGAUCUACAGCUGGCCCUACAUCGAAGGGCAGCGCACGGUGCCCGACAACGAGUGCUACAUUCAAUUCAUCGAAACUAAUCAUUACAUUACUUUUGGUACAGCAAUUGCAGCAUUUUACGUUCCAGUGUCAGUCAUGAUUUUUUUAUAUUGGCGGAUAUGGAGGGAAACGGAGAAGAGACAGAAAGACUUACCCAAUUUGCAGGGAGGGAAAAAAGACACAAGCAGAAGAAGUAAUUCUAGCGACGAGGCAACGAACGUCUGCUCGAACAUCGACAUGGACGAGCUAAGGGUACGACCACGGUCCGAGUCCUCUGCCGCUGAUACAGACUCGCAGUACAUGCAUGUGACUUCAUCUGGAGGAAUUUCAGCGCGUUUUAUCCAGGAGCGGGGCUUUCGAGGUAGCGUCCGCCAAUUACGUGCUUGGUGCAUUGCAUGGUGGCACUCGGGAAAGGACGAGAGUGACACAGAAGAAGAGAGUCCCAGCGAGCAGGGGCAUAGCUGUAUCACACCUUUAUCCAUGGAUACUACGCUACCAAGCUCCGUUUCUAGGUGUACUUCACUCAAUGUUAUUAGGGAUCCUUAUUCAACAAGAGACAGCAGCGGUGGUUUAGCCAACAUGACUCCCACACGAUUUACUCCUCGUGAUACGCGGAGUUUACCAAUGGCAAAUAGGCUGAUGACCGGAACUAAGUCUGGAUCAACAGAUAGCGUUUAUACGAUCGUUAUCAAACUGCCGGGUGGAACAAUGGAUUCAAAAGAAGGCGGGCAUCGAGGGUCUCUAGAGGCGCCCUCUAUUAAAAUGAUACCAGAAGACGCCGUGGAUGAGGACGCAUUUAGGAGUAAUUCGAAUUCGAUCUCGUACUCGAACCAUGUAAAUAGACGACCGUCUGCUAUGCCGGACGUUAGGAUACCACUUAAUGCUAAAGGAAUUCCAAAGCACUUAGCGGGCAAAGCACUGCUAGCAAACGCGACCAAAAACCACGGCAAAAAGAAAAAGAAAACCCAGGAAAAGAAGGCGGAUAAGAAAGCGGCGAAGACCCUCUCCGCCAUAUUGUUGACGUUCAUCAUCACGUGGACGCCGUACAACAUCCUGGUGCUGCUCAAACCGGUCACCUCGACCAGUGCCCGCAUCCCUCCUCAGCUGUGGGACUUUUUCUAUUACCUCUGCUACAUUAACUCUACGAUCAAUCCGAUGUGUUACGCAUUGUGUAACGCCAGUUUUCGCAGGACCUAUUUGAGGAUCUUGCAGUGCAAAUGGCAAAGUAGGAACCGAGCCGCGGCUGUUAACAGGGGAUUUUAUAACAACUAACGACUCACUGAUUUGGUAAUAACGAAAGUAUUAUGUAAAAUAUAGAAUACUGGAUCGAACAAUCGACUUUUUGAGAUAUCCGUUUUUUUUUGUAAAAUAAUUAAAUUAAAUAAUUUAGUCAGAAUUCAUGAAAUCAAGAAAACAA